GCGAGAAAUGUACAUAGCUGAUGCCUUGUCUCGUGCUAGUAUUAAUGUUCAAGACUUUAGUGAAUCUGAGAUAAUUUUUGUUCAUAGUUUAACUAAGUAUAUGCCAAUUUCUGAUUCUAAAAUGAAAGAGCUGAAAACUGCUACUGAUGCUGACAAAACAUUACAUGAGUUAAAAGUAUUUCUUAGAAAAGGUUGGAGAAAUUUCAGAUCAAUUCCUGAAUAUAUAGAACCUUAUCACAAUAUAAGAGAUUAUUUAUUUAACUGAAUGUGAUGGCUUGAUAUUUUAUGGUGAUAGACUCAUAAUUCCAAAAUCCAAACAGUCAGAAAUGUUGAUAAAAAUUCAUGAGGGACAUUUAGGCAUUAACAAAUGCAAAUCUCGGGCUCGUGUGUGUCUUUUUUGGCCUGGAAUGUCUAAAGAUAUUUGUAAGUUUAUUGGUAGAUGCGAUAUUUGUAAUCAAGUCAGUAGAAAUCAAACUAAGCAGCCCCUGCUUCACCAUGACCUACCUAGUAAACCAUGGGAAAAAUUGGGGAUGGAUAUUUUUGAAUUCAAAGGUAACUUAUUUCUAGUUGUAGUGGACUACUACUCAAAAUGGAUUGAUUUUCGUCAAAUAAAAAAUAAAGCUAUUAAUGAUGUCAUAAAGUAUCUAAUGGAACUUUUUUCCAUGUUUGGUUUUCCUGAUACUAUCAUAUCUGAUAAUAAUCCAUUUAAUUCGUUUAUGUUCAAAACUUUCACUGAGGAACACAACAUAAAAUUAAUUCACUCCAGUCCGAAUUUUCCUAGGAGUAACGGCAUGGCCGAAAAGGCUGUAAAUAAUGCAAAGACUCUGUUAAAAAAAUGUGCCUUAGAAGGAGGUGACAUAAAUAUGUUUCUUUUAAAGUAUAGAAAUUCUCCCACUAAUAUUGGUUUGUCUCCAGCCCAAUUAUUUUUGAAUAGGCGCCUCAAAGAUAGUCUGCCCUCAAGGAGUUCUCUACUUAAACCAGUUGUGAUAAAUAAUGACGAAUACAGACAAAGAUCUGUUAAACAACAAUUGUUACAAAAGCAUUAUUAUGAUUCUGGAAGUAAAUCCUUGAGUGAUGGUGUUGCUGGUGAUGAUAUUUAUUUCAAAUCAAAAAAUUGGAAAAGGGGGAAAAUUGUUAGUAAAUGUCAAGAACCGAGAUCUUAUAUUGUAUCAGACGAUAAUGAUAGAUUAUAUAGAAGAAAUAGAGAACAUAUAAUUGUUAAAAGUGAUGAAGAGGAAAGUCCUCAAACCAAGAGAUAUGACUUACGUGAUAGGGAUAGGAUUCAAAAACCCUGUAAAUUCCCUAACUAGAUUGUGACCAAUUUUCAAACAAAAUUUGUAACUUUGUUUUAUUUUUGUAUUGUAUAAAUUCUUUUUUAUUUUUUUCAUCAGAGAUCUCAAAGAGAGAGGAUGUAACAUAUAUGGGUUGUGUUAUAAUAAAGAACAAGAACGUUCUA